AUGCGUUCCAACACCCUCGUCAGCAUCUUAUCCGCGGCAGCGGCCGUCGUCGCCUCCUCCGACCAACAUCCUCUCACCAGCCCCUCAGCUUCCUCCUUCACUUGCGAUCUCCCGCCCCCGAUCUCACCCUCCGACGGUCUUCCUUCCGCAAAGGAGCUCUUCACCUCCGAAGCCGCCAUCCUCAAGCAAGUCUCCCGCCAUGCAGCUCUCGUCCGCGUCCCGUCAAUCUGCUACGACGAUCUCGGCGACUUUGACACCGACCCGCGCUGGAAAGUGUUCUACGAACUCCACGAUGUCAUGCGCAAGACCUACCCAGCGGUCCACGCGCGCUCCGAACUCGUCAAAGUAAACACUUUCGGCCUCGUCUAUACCAUCCCGGGCUCCUCUCCUGACCUCAAGCCUCUCCUCCUCGCCGCCCACCAGGACGUCGUCCCCGUCGCCGACGCCUCGACAUGGACCUAUCCCCCGUUCGCCGCGCACUUUGACGGCGAGUGGAUGUGGGGCCGCGGCGUCUCAGACGACAAGAACUCCUUCACAGCCCUCCUCUCGGCGCUCGAAACCCUCCUUGCGAACCCGGACUGGGUCCCUAAGCGCACAAUCAUCCUCGCCUCGGGCUUCGACGAGGAGUGCUCCGGCCAGCGCGGUGCAGGCCACAUUGCCAAGCACCUCGAGCAGAAAUGGGGCAACAACAGCAUGGCGCUGAUCCUCGACGAGGGCGGCAUGGGCCUGCAGCAGCUCGACUCCAAGACGCUCUACGCCCUCCCCGCCGUCAUGGAAAAGGGCCACGUCGACAUCUGGCUCGAGCUGCACGUCACCGGCGGCCACUCCUCGGUUCCCUUCCCGCACACAGGCAUCGGCAUCGUCUCGGAGAUGGUCGUCGCGCUCGAGGCGCACCCGUACUCUCCCGAGCUGACGACAAAGUCGCCGCUGUACGAGCACAUGGUCUGCCAGGCGCGGUACUCCCCCGACGCGCAGCCCGAGAUCACGAAGCUCCUCCAAGAGGGUGAUCUGCAGGCGCUUGCGGAGACGUUGGUUGAGAUCGACCGCCCGACGCACUACCGCCUGCAGACCUCGCAGAGCGUGGACUACUUCCAGGCCGGGCAGAAGAUCAACGCCAUGCCGGAGGUUGUCAAGGUUGGCGUGAACUACCGCGUCGCGCCGCAGAACAGCAUCCCUGAGAUCCAGCACAACGUCGUCUCGUACAUUUCCGGGAUUGCGGAGAAGUACGGCGUCAAGAUUGUGGCGUUCGAGGGCGACGAGGGGUACGAGAAGUACGCUGCUGCACAGAAGAGAGAUCUUGCGGGCUCCGUUGGUAUGGAGAAUGGUGGUGUGGAGGUUAAGUACGAGGUCGACUACAACGGCACCUUGGUCCUGAGCUCCUCGCAGAAGACGCUCGUGGCGCCGGUGUCGCCAACCAAGGGCCCGAUUUGGGAUUUGUUCUCGGGAACGCUGCAGAGCUCGUUUGCGUUUGAUGGGGGCAAGGUUGUGCCGGUAGGGGAGCUGAUGACUGGUAACACUGAUACGAGACAUUAUCUGAACCUGACGCCUAAUGUGUACCGCUUCGUGCCCAUUCGCAACGGGGCUACGGUGAAUGCGCAUACGAUUGAUGAGAGGAUCCAGAUUUCUGCGCACAUGGAGAUUUUGAGGUUUUAUUAUGAUUUGAUCCGCAACUUUGAUGCUGCAGAGGUUUAA